UUCCAACCAAAGACAAAAAUCGCAAAACAAACGUGCUGUAAAAAGCAGAAAAAAGAACUCGAAAAGUUCAAUAAAAUUUAUUAUAAAAUAUUUAUAAAUGAAAAAUGGCGGUGCGCCCGCAGCACAUGCAUGACGGCGGUAUUGUUGAGCGUCGGUUGCGUCCAAUUUACGAUUGGCUAGACAAUGGAAAUAAUAAGAAAGCUCUUCAGGAAGCGGAGAAAGUGCUCAAGAAGAGUCCUUCAUUACAAGCGGCGCGGGCGCUGAAAGCAUUAGCACUUUUUAGGUUAGGGAAGAGAACUCAGGCUCAUGCCCUGCUAGACGAACUGGCAGCGGAGAAACUUAGCGAUGAUACAACACUGCAGGCGAUGACAAUAUCAUAUAGGGAAUCCCAACAGUUACAUAAGGUGUGUGAGCUUUACGAAUCGGCAGUAAAGGUGGAGCCAUUGAAUGAGGAGCUCCACUCACAUCUGUUUAUGUCCUAUGUGCGUGUAGGAGACUAUCGCUCACAGCAGAGAGCAGCAAUGGCACUGUACAAGUUUGCACCGAAGAACCCUUAUUAUUUUUGGGCUGUAAUGAGUAUUGUUUUGCAGGCCAAAACUUCAGAGGAUGCAACCAAAAGGGGCAUUUUACUAUCUCUAGCACAAAGAAUGGUUGACAAUUUUAUUACUGAGAACAAAAUGGAGGCAGAACAAGAGGCGCGUCUUUACAUCAUGAUCUUAGAGCUCCAGGAGAAAUGGGAAGACAUUCUUAAAUUUAUUGAAAGCCCAUUAUAUUCCCAACUGGUGCCAGGCUCCAGUGCACAAGCGUGCAUCCCAUAUUUAAAGAAAUUAGGCCAAUGGCGAAGACUGAAUCUGUUGUGCAAAGACUUGUUGUGGGACAACCAAGAUAGGUGGGACUAUUAUCUUCCAUACUUUGACUCUGUCUUCCAGUUGAUGAAAGAGGGUGAAGGGGAAGGUGAGGGUAGUGCUGAUGAUACCGCUGAAAAAUGUCACGAGUUUAUAUGUCAACUUGUUGAAAGCAUGACCAGUGGCAGGACUUUAAGAGGGCCUUACUUAGCAAGACUGGAAUUAUGGAAACGGUUGUCAGAAAGUGGGGAUCCAACUUCCCUGCUGGGUUCUGGGGUAGCGUUGUGUGUGCAGUAUUUACGUGUGUUUGCUAAUAAGCCAUGUGCUGUGCCAGACUUGAGACCGUAUAUGGCGAUGUUGCCGCAGAAAGAAAGACAGGAGCAAUCUAGGGAUUUUCUUACUUGUCUAGGAUUCGAGGAGAAGAGCGAGCCUGAGACGACCAUGGACGUCCAACGCCACAUCUCGUGUUUGGCCGCGUGGCGGCUUGCAGCCGCGCCAAUGACUGCUGAAGAGUGUCUGGAACUAGCGAAUACUUUAAGAACUCACUACUUACGUAGCUUCAGUAAGGGGCUGCUCACUGCCACCCUGACCGAGUUCUGUGCCACUGAUGGUUACGGCAUUCUUGCGGCACACCAUUACUUCUACGCAGCAAUGCAGCAGAAAAGCACCGCGCCUGUGGUUGAAGCCUUAUGUCUGUUAGAGCUGGUGUUGUCUCACUCGCCAGCCAACUUUCAUGUCAAACUUCUUCUAGUCCAUUUGUAUCAUUUCUUAGGUAACGCGUACGCGGCUGACAGUAUAUACCAGCGCUUGGAAACGAAGCACGUACAACUGGUAUCGCUGGGUUGGUUGCACGCGGCACGCGUUUCGACCGCGUGCGCUCCUUCAAGGGCGUUACAACUGCUGGCAGCCACUGCAGGCUUCUAUACGCACCACGCUAAAGAUAGCGUGGAACACCUAACGUAUGCGUACAAGUACGGAACGUUCGAGAAGCUAGUAGAACUAAGGGCGUGGGGCUCCAGACUGGAGGCUUGCGUUUGGGGCGGGAUCGCUGCCAGGGAUCGGGCCCUGAACACCCUGCUGGCCGGGCCCGCCCCGUUACUGCAUGCGCCGGCCGCUCCUCUACCUGAGAGCCCCGCAGACAACCGUGAUCUUAAUGUAAUAGUGAGUUUCGAGCCGCCCGAAUAUCAAGAUCCUGACUUGAAAGAGCGCACUUUUGACCAAGAACUAGCUUAUUUACGACUGAAGGACGCGCUAUUAUCGUCCAUAGCACUGUGCAUCGAAUGUUCCGACAGUAGACCUCUAGAAGAAAGGAGACGACAGUACGAAGAACUAAAGACUUGUAUAGACGCGUUUAGUGAAGCUAUGGAGAAGUGUAAACAAAAAUAUAGUGUGAAAGAGAGGAUUAGCAUAUCAACACCGUUCCCAUCUAGGAUAUUUGCGUUUGUCAAUUCCCCCGUUCCUUACCGGGAGUUAUAUUACGAGGGAGUUCUAAUGGUAGGAGCCUUAGCGGUGGGCGAUAUCAAAGAGGCUCAAGAGAGAUGUUCGAACGUUUCCGCUCUCACUGCGACCGCACCCGAACUAUUGAGGCCACACCUUGCUACCGAUGAUUGGCUGUUGAGAGAUACGCUUGAAACGCUGGCCAAUUACUUAGAGUUCAUUGGAAUAAUUAAUUGCUUAUUAGGCGUCUGCAACGAACUUGUAGCGCCGGCGAGCACGAAGAAGUCGAAAAAGAAAGCCAACCAAUCGCCCGACGAGAUCAAAACCACGGAACACCUCAACAAACUCAAUGAAACAGUGCAAUCCUCCAUCACCUUCCUAGAAGAGGCGUUCGAGAAACUUCCGUUGCAUCGCUACGAAAGCAACCUAGAAAAAGAAUUCUCUAAACUCACCAUAGACAAACAAUUCGGCGUGUGCCCCGUAGAAACCAAAUUGCAGAACGGACGCCAAGACAUGAUCACCGAAAUACAAAACUUGUUGAAGCGAAAGUCGCAGUGUCUAAAGAGUUUGAUCCAUUGAAGUGGCCUUCCCAAAUCGGUUGUAUUACCUGUAAAUUAAUAAAUACCUAGUGCUGUUCUAAACGAAAACAUAUCUUGUACAUAAUGCCUGUGUAGUUUAUUUUUUCUAAUGUAAUAAUUUUGUUUAGAUUUUAUUACAGCUAGGUCGAGUACGCGUACAGCUCGAUACUGGACUUUAUUAGUGAGUGAUAUGGUCCAGUUUGCGAUGAAAUCGAGCUUAUGUGAACUUAAGCCGCGUCUUUCCAUCGAUGGUAAAAUUUGACUAAAGUUAAUGCCAAGUCAAAUACAUAGUAAAUGUGUCAAAUUUUGACACUUUAUUUUUCUAUGGGAUUUAACUAUAGUUAAAUUUAACUAUCGCUGAUACAUCGUGGCUUUAAUAAAGUGCCGUGAUAGGUUUUGUUUUGCAAUGUUUGCAUACACAAAUCGCAAUUACUGAUUGUUCAUAAUGAGCAUAGAUGAAAUAUUUGCUAUAAUUUUUAUUUAUUCGUAUGAAUACGAUAUAGAUCCAAGAGCAAACAGACUAUAAAUAAAUUUUUAAAAAUGUAUGUAUUUUGUUAAAAUCGUAACAUAAUUUCUCUUAUUUAUGUCAUUUAUGAGAAUUACGGCUUUUCGUGCCUUUCUUAUGCGCGAUAUAUAAAUAAUAAUAUAUAAGUAUUAUACUUGUCCAUAGUAAAUAAUAUAAUAUUAUGUGGCGACCACGUCAAUUGAACUGAAUACGACAAUUUAACAGAACGCAUACGUAUAUACUGUUUCAAACAAUUUUAACACAUGAUCAUCGAUUUAAGCUGUUACAACAACUCUUUAUGAUAAUAAAGAUUUGUGCAUUUAUACAAGUGGCUGGUUUUAUUGCAAACAAACUUACCAGGGGACAAUGACCGUUCAAGGGAUGGCAGACCAAUAUAAUUUAUUAUCUCGAGCUCCUCC